AUGGUUGUGGAGGUGGUCGGUCAGGGUGGCGGAAGCCCCCUGGGCUGUCGGAAGCCCCCUGGGCUGUUGGCACAACACGCUGAAAAGCCAGUGGCUGUGUCCUGGGUCAUGAAACUUAAUCCACAGCAAGCUCCAUUAUAUGGCGAUUGUGUAGUUACCGUGUUGCUGGCUGAAGAGGACAAAGUUGAGGAUGAUGUAGUUUUCUACUUGGUAUUUUCGGGUUCCACCCUCCAUCACUGCACAAGUACUCGGAAGGUCAGUGCUGAUACGCUGGAGACCAUUGCUCCUGGUCACGACUGCUGUGAGACCGUGAAGGUGCUACUCUGUGCUUCCAAGGAGGGCCUCCCCGUGUUCGUGGUGGCUGAAGAAGACUUCCAGUUCAUCCAGGACGAGGCAUACGAUGCAGCCCAGUUCCUGGCUACCAGUGCUGGGAAUCAGCAGGCUCUGAACUUCACCCGUUUUCUUGACCGGUCGGGACCCCCGGCUGUGGAUGUGAAUACCCUUGAUGAGAAGGUUGCCCUGGCAUUCAGACACCUGAAGCUGCCGGCAGAGUGGAAUGUGUUGGGAACAGAUCAGACUUUGCAUGAUGGCGGCCCCCGAGAGACAUUGAUGCAUUUUGCCGUGCGGCUGGGGCUGCUGAGGUUGACGUGGUUCCUGUUGCAGAAGCCAGGUGGCCGAGGGGCUCUCAGCAUCCACAACCAGGAAGGAGCGACACCUGUGAGCUUGGCCUUGGAGCGGGGUUAUCACAAGCUGCACCAGCUUCUAACCGAAGAGAAUGCUGGGGAACCAGACUCCUGGAGCAGUUUAUCCUAUGAAAUCCCGUAUGGAGACUGUUCUGUGCGACAUCAUCGAGAGUUGGACGUCUAUACUUUAACCUCUGAGUCCGAAUCACAUCAUGAAGCCCCAUUUCCUGGAGACCGUUGCACUGGACAUAUUUUUAAACUUAUGAACAUCCAACAGCAGCUAAUGAAAACAAACCUUAAGCAGAUGGACAAUCCUGUGCCCUUAAUGGUGGCAGCACAGGAUCCUUCAAGUCUGCCCAGUGCCCAAGACCCAGAUGGCCAGUUUCUUGGCUGCACAUCGGAUCCUGGGGACGGCCAGCCACGCUCGUCUCUUCCGGGAGACCCUGAGCACCCUCCGUGCGGCCAUGGGAGCACUGUGGGGGGGAUGGAAAGUUCCUCCAAUUUGUCAGGUGUGGCUGAGGAAGAGAAUACAGACUGUUCCUGUGAGAAGGGAACUAAAGGUGUGGGGAGAGCCGGGGAAGAGGCGGAGCCAUCACUGACUGCAGACUGUGGAACGGUGUCUGAUCCCAGCAGCUGCCUGGGGAGCACGCCUGCUUGUGGAGGAGAGGGCACAGGAGACUUUCUAUCCUGUGGAAUCAGAAAUGGAGAAACUGGAACAAAAUCUUCUGCAUGGGCCCCAGAGCAGGAGUCUCCAAGCCCUGGAGACAGUGUUCUGCGGGGAGACGUGGGCAUGCAGCUGGGCACCGCUCCCACUCCGCAUUUCUUUGGAGGUGACCUGGCAGUCAGCAUCCCAGUGACUGCAGGGGAGACAGAAUGUGGUCUCCUGAGCUCGGACGCCGCCAUCCAGAAGGACGUGCUUGAGGUAAGGGAAGAUACAAAGGAAAAGUUUGAGAACUCGAGUGUCAGCACAGCUGGAGUCUCUGAUGUAAAAGUCACAAGACAGCCUGCAGAUAAAGCCGCUGUUCCAAGCUGUGUCUCUGCCCCCGGCUCCCUGGAUGGUAACAAACCUGCUGAGUCUUUGCUUGCGUCUAGCAAGGAAGAAGCCUGCCCUGUGAAAACUGCAGAAACAGAAGCUUCAGGAAGUUGUGAAGGGGGUGCUGGGGCUCCUGUGGAUCAGAGCUCCCUGGUAGCUCCAGCUGCUGCAGGAGACACGGCUUCCGGCGGGCUCGAUCCUUCUGCUCCCUGGGCAGAUACAAGUGAGGCAGUGCCACCCUCUGCUCUGACCUCUUCCGGGCCCCGAAAAGAUGCGCCAACCCAGAAACCAGAACCUGAUUCGUCUCCCAUUCAGAGCUGUUCUACAGCCGGAGGGGACACUGUGUGUGCCACCCCUGCCUGUGGGCAGAGCACAGGGACUUCUGGUGGCGUGCUGGCCGCAGGACACUGUGAUGGCCUAGGUACCCGGCCUGAGAGCAGCGGCCCGGGACUGCCCCCCACACAGCAUCCCCCCCUGGCCUUCUGCUGUGCAGGUCCACAGGCUCACACAGCUACCCCUGGCCCUCUAAGAUUAGACACCCAGGAACAGGUGGAAUUUUGUCUUCUCGAAGUUUCGGAUACAAAGGGCCAGGGAAAAGAUUUGAACCUAGGAACAGCUUUAACAAAUAUGCUUGAGGUGCCUCCACAGGCAGCUGUCCCCAAAGCCGAGAAAGAAGUGGUGCCGGACCAGGCAGUGACAUCAGACGAGACUUCUCUGGCAAGCAGUCCAGGCAGUGAAUCAGUAACCACAGAUGACACACUUUCUCUUGUCCCCUCCCAGAAAGAAAAGGGAACAGCAACGCCCGAACUACACACGGCUGCAGAUAGUAGAGAUGGCCCAGGCAGAGAUUCGAGCGAUCCUGAUAAGCAGCCAUUAGAAGACGGUGCCACGGGCCUAUCUGCGCCCUCCGCUGCUCUCCGUCUUCAGCCCAGCAUGGGGAAUACCAGUCCCAUGGGACUUGGUGGGGAACAUGGGGGUCCCUGCCUCUCAGCAGCCCCUGAAGUCCUGGAUAUCGAGGGGGGCGCUGACUCUUCUCUGCUGCGUGCGGGGAAGGCCACUGUGGCCUCCGAUUCCAUUCUGACUGAACAAGGAAAAAAUCGGGUGGUUCCAGAAUGCUCUGAAGCUCAGGGACAAGAUGGCAGGGAUAAAGAAGUGACUUGUUCCUCUGUUAAGGAAGACACUCGUUCCUCAGGAACAUUACAGGAAGAGCAGAGAACACCACCUCCUGGGCAGGAGGCACUGCGAUUCUGUGGAGAGCCUAGCUUAGCCGCCUGUGCUGAGGACCGAGCACUUGAGCGCCGUAAUUCACCGGGCACACCCUCGGCCUGUCUGAACGCAGAAACUAAGCCUAACAAGGAAGUGGCCCCACCAGUCUCGCUGCUGACUGAAGGUGGGGCUGCACAGAGCCUGGUGCCACUGGGAGCAAGUCUGGCUGCAGGCCCACGCCAGGAAGCCUUGGGUGCAGAGCAGAGCAGCUCAACUCCGUUGCCAGGUCUGUUACCAGAUGGGUCAGAGGCUCUUCCUGGCAGUCGAUCUUCUGCUCUGGAUGUUGGAGUGCAAAACCCUGAAUCCCAAGGUAAAAACACUGCUGGUGAGGUGAGCGGAAGUGUGGGGUUGGAUGUUGCCGUGGUUAGUGCUUUACAGGAUACUGUUGGGGCCAGAACAAAGGCUGUAUCACACAACACCCAAGACCUCCCGAUUUCCAAAGUCUUGAGCCAGGAGAAGAUUAUGAUCCUGGGUUUGCCAGGAACUUUAGCAGACAAAGGAGUGACUGACCUACAGGGUACUGCAGCUCCAGAGAUGGUACCUCUCGGUUGGAAGGAAGCAGCCCACAGCUGUGGCGUGGCCGACUCCAGGGAGCAGCAGGUGGAUGCUGACGCACAUCGAGUCCCACAGCAGCCUCUUGCCAAAGAGCUCCUCACCGAGACCGGACUCUCAAGCAGUGGUGACCAGUCCCCAGACAGGGCAAGGGGCACUCCCCCUCUACCUUGUGCUGUGUCUCUGCCCGAGAGAGCAGACUCCAUCGAGGAGGCUGCAAGUCGCAUAGUGGAGGCCGUCCUAGACCAAGUCAAGUCCUCAGGAGCACUGAUCACUGGUCUGGGGAUCGGUCACACGUCACUGUCCAAGCCUUCAGAGUCUGGCCCGGUGACUGGGCAGCCAGAGAGCACUUCUGCAGGGAAAGGGAGCACUUUUCUGCCUGGGCGAACCCCACACAUGGGCAGUAUCUCUGAAGAAGCCCCUGGCAACCUUGCAGGGGGUUUGGCUGAAAAGGAGGAGCCCGAGAAGAUGGUUCUGCCCGCUGAAGGAUCUGAGCCAGCAACAGGUCAGUUCGAUUCGUACUUUGAUGCCACCACCUGUCACCAGGUGCAGACAGAGGGCCAGUCUCCAUGCUCACCCCCAGGCUGUGUGGAAAUGCCAGACUUGAAAGCUGCAGACGAAGUGGAUUUUCUGAGUAAUACCAGGGCGAGCUCGGCUUCUGCAGAGGUGGCCAUAGGAGUGGGAGACCCAGCCACCACACCUGACGUGAAGCAAGGCCUGGCGACCCGGGCGGGGAACUUUUUAACAGUAGUAUUUCCCCCCUUUUCUCUUGUCCCAUCACGUGUAGAUGUGGCUGUGUUGCUGCGUUCAGCUUUCAUACACAGCAUGCACCACCCAGCAUGGUUUUGGAACGGGCCCUUCUGCAUGGGUCCCUUGGAGAUUGUAAUGAAAAAGAUUUGCCCUGUGAGCACUGGACUUGAGUUUGUCAUCGUGUUUAACGUGUCGCAAAAUGAGAGUUACCACAAAAAGGGAUCUAGUAACCCUUCUUAA